AUGGCACAACCAUCUGCAUCGGAGGCUUUCAAGCCUUCCAUCACCGAAGAGAAGUCAUAUUCCACCACCACCACCACAUCAACAGUCCAAGAACUGAAAUCCUCCGACGCCGCCACAGAGAGCCAGAAACCAGCUCCCAAAAUCCAAGGCGCUUUGCCCGACCUCUUCCUUGGGGCUCUUCUGCCCUGCGUGCCGGUAGUCUUGGUAACAGCCUUACUACUCACUCUGAUCUUCCGAAAUCGCGUCAACCUGGACCAAGGAUGGCCACUCCUCCACGCGCCGACCCAAGAAGACAUCUACGACCCCAACAUCUUCAAAGCAGCUCUCCAGAUCAAACAAUCUGGUGGUCACCCUGCCUACUAUAUCCGCUUCAAUCCAGCUGUGCUUGCAGCGAUCGCAUCAUGGACAAGCAAGAUAAUACCAUUCAUCACCAGCUCGUCCAUGGCUGUUAUUGCCUUCUUCGCUGGCCGUCGCAUCCUCAACGCGACGAGGGAUAAGAAGCCAGGCGAGCUGCCAACACCUCAUCAGAUGUCCAUCUUGAUCAAUUUGCUUGGGGGAGCUGAUGUCAAGCCUCUGUGGGACACCUUUGCGUACCGGCUGGAGAACCAUGAGCGCCUGGUCCAGCCUAUACCACUCGCUGCUAGUGCACUCAGCUUUAUUGUCAUCAUUACACUCCUCAUUGGCGCAGCAGACACAUGGUUUGCAGCCUCGACAAAGCCGAUGAACGUCGAACUCCUGACUCGCCACCUGCAACCCAACAAUACCUUUGGGCGUGAACUGAAUCCUGCAAUGUGUGGAGGAAAUAUCUGGGAGAAAAGGCCAUGCCCAUCCAAUUCACAAACCCUCUGCAACUACCCAUGCAGCAUUGAUCAUUGGAACUUUACAUCCGAAGGGAGUUUCUCAGUGAAGGAGGGCAUCAAGGCAGCUCAGUCAGCCGCAGAGACCCUCCUUGGCAACUCAUACGUGAACCAGAUACAAAACACCUCAUAUGGUGCAUAUCAGCAGGCUCCUCAGCAGUACCACUAUCUUGCAGACGUCGGUACUGGACAAAUGCUCGACUUCAUGGCGAAUACUUCUGCUGUCAGCACCCAGUGCAAGGUAGCAACGCAAGACUGCCAGAUUGAAAGGAACAAGGAUGGGUUCUCUUGUUAUGGCUACACCUCGCCAUCAUUCACCUUCCAAGGAGAUGUCGGCUUUGAUCCUGCAAUGGCAGCCGCUCCGAGCAACAUGUCUGCGACUGGCAUUCAGUUCUUCAAAGACGCUGCAUUGCAGUCGCCCAUCGGCCUCGGAAACCAGACAACCGAACUCUUCAGCGUCCAAAAUCCGAUCCACUUCCUCACCUGGUCCAAAGGCUUUCCGCCCAUUGACACCAUAACGCAAACCUUCGACGCCAUGAAGCAGGGCAAAUACCUCCAGCUCUCCUCAUCCGGCGACAACAUCUUCAUUCUCAACUGCACGGCCAGCAUCUAUACCACUAUCUACGCCUGGGCCAACGGCACCAUCCUCGCCGCCAACAACACCUCCGGCUUCUACCCCACUCUAGCCUCCCCAGACUACGGCGCCAUCUACUCCGCCCCCUUUGCCAUCAAUUCCGCCCUCGGGCACCUCGCCCUCCAAGACGCCGCCGCCCUCGCAGCCUACAAGACCACCCCACAAGACAUGGCGGACAAAUUCGCGGAUGAAUUCUCCCGCGCCGCUGUCGCGCUCACCGCAGGCAUCAUGCAGCCCUCCGUCAACAUGCUCGAGCAAUCCCGCAACAACACCGAGCUCCUCACCCGCGUGCCCAAGAUCCCGCUCUACUUCCUCAUCAGCCUCAAAGCAGUCUACGCUCUCGGCUCCGUCGCCGUGGCUGUGCUAGCGUGGGUAUUGACAGACCCUCGUGAGGCACAGGAAGUCAAGGCGAGGUUGACGGUGGAUGGGCUGAUGAGCGGGUUCUUAGAGCCCACGGAGAGGCAGGAGAAGGCCGUGGAGAAGGUUAAAGAGAUAUACGGGGAGCAUGAUCAGUCCAAGACGGAGGAGGAAAAGAAGGAGGAGGUGAGCAAGGUGGGGAUACAGCAGACGGAUAAGGGAGGAUGGGUGUGGGUUGCAGGGAGUGUUUUGAAGGAGGUUUGGACGGGGUUUGGGGUCGGUGGGGUGGUGAAGGGGGAGGUGGCGGGGGCGGUGAUGAGUGGGAAACUGGGGUAG